UGCACUUCUCAAACAGUGCAUUUACCCUUGCACGGUGUGCAUAUAAAGCACCAUUAGGAAGGAAGUCAUGAGGUGCCAAUGAAACUCAUCCAAAACCUCUUAAAUCUCUUCAUAAUGACUAAUUGGACGAACGUGUCCAGCUGCCAAUUCAGCAUCACUUUAUGCGAUGAAGACAUCACGGACAGUAACGCAACUGGCGUGGACAUUGAGUACCCGGUUCAUCUAUUCCCAGUCCUUAUUCUGACUGGCAUCACAGUGACGUGUGCUUUCCUAUUUCUCGUUGGAAUCGCUGGGAACCUGUUGACCAUCCUGGUGGUCACCAAAUACAAAGACAUGCGAACAACCACCAACCUCUACCUCUGCAGCAUGGCACUUUCAGAUCUGCUUAUUUUCUUGUGCAUGCCACUGGACCUUUACCGGGUCUGGCGGUACCGACCCUGGAACUUUGGAAAUGAGCUGUGCAAACUCUUUCAGUUUGUGAGUGAAAGCUGCACUUACUCCACCAUCCUCAAUAUCACCGCCCUGAGCGUGGAGAGAUACUUCGCUAUUUGUUUUCCAUUCAGGGCGAAAGUCAUAGUCACCCGGGGUCGCGUAAAAGGGGUGAUUUUAUUUCUCUGGACCGUUGCACUCUGUAGCGCCGGACCCAUAUUCAUUCUGGUCGGGGUCGAGCACGAGAACGGUACCAAUUCCUGGGAGACCAAUGAGUGUAAGGCGACCGAAUACGCCAUCCGGUCUGGAUUGCUUACGAUGAUGGUUUGGGUUUCCAGUGUGUUCUUUUUCCUCCCGGUCCUGUGUUUGACAGUGUUAUACAGCCUCAUAGGCAGAAGACUGUGGAGAAGGAAGGAGAACCCGCUUGGACCCGUUUCUAGUCGGGAGAAGAACAAUAAACAAACAGUCAAAAUGCUGGCUGUGGUUGUUCUCGCGUUUGUUCUCUGCUGGCUGCCCUUCCACGUGGGUCGUUAUCUAUUCUCCAAGUCAUCCGAGGAAAAUUCCCCUUUCAUCUCUCAAAUCAGCGAAUAUUGCAACCUGGUGUCGUUCGUGCUGUUUUACCUCAGCGCUGCGAUCAACCCCAUCCUUUACAACAUCAUGUCCAAAAAGUACAGGAGCGCGGCAUGCAAACUGUUCGGAAUGAGGCGCGCUCCCGUACGCUCGGUGCAGAACAUCGUGACCGCGGAGAGUUUUUCAGUGUGGAAUGAAACAAGCUGGAGCACGUGACAGAAUCCGUCAAUCAUCUCGUACAUUUUUGGAGCAUGUAAACUGUUUAUAUAGCCUACUGACUUAAAGCAGACCCGAAAACCCUUAGGAUACUUAGGAUCUUUUUGGGGGGUCAGGCAUUUGAUUUCACACAUCUACAGUAGAUACUAAUUGAUCCGAGUGAAUCUUGAACCUGUAUAUAUAUAUAUAUAUAUAUAUGGCUACCAACAAUUCCAGCUUGUCCUAUUUACUCACACAUGCAACUAUUGCAUUACAUUUUCUCUUAAUGUCUCGUUCAUUUAAAUUCUCGUUUAUUUAAAUUACGCAUUUUUGUACGGUAAAGUACAAAAUACCCUAAAUUAAAAAAAAUACCAAAUGUAAUAGUAUUCUAAGAGAACGUUUAUGCACUGUUUUACGGUCGUCAGCAAACACAACCAGCAGCGUCAUAAUUCCCUUUACCUUGGUAUCCAUGCAAAAUGUACAUAUGCACCCCAAAAUGCCUUAAACUGCCUAGUACUGGACGACAGCACACUGUAGAGGUAAGCACUUCAACAUUGUACCCUAUGAGGGGGAAAAUACAAUGGUGCUGAAUAAUAAUGUUAUUUAAAGCCUGCAUUAAGCUUGUGUUUUCCUAUUAUAUUCGACAAAUGUGUAAAUGUCACGAAAAAGUGCACUUAAUACAAGUUUGUGAACGUUGCUGCCAUAAUAUAGUGCCAUAGUUUAAGCAUGCAGCAUAAUACUGCUUGUGGUCAAUGAUAUUCUGUAAAGCUAUUCAUUUGAUUUGCUUGUAAAACACUGAGCAUCUAUGGAUGGAUGUAUUUAAUGGCCAUCACAUAAAUUGACGUUUUUGUAAUGAAAAUAUGUAUGUAAGGUAUUCGAUAUAUUGUGUCUAUUGGCUUUCAUUGAAGCACAUUGGGAUUUUUUUAAUGUUAUGUAAAAUGCAUUUAGGCUUUAUUGUGACACCGCAUUUUAAAUUAAAAGGGUCUUCUGUUUUUCAGACUACUGGCAAAACCCAGCUUGCCCUUUAUUUUUUUCUUUAAAUGGAGGAAAAAUACAUUACAAACUGCAAACACUGAGCAGAACAACCAAAA